AGACUAUGGCUGCUGCUUCUUCUUGCUCUCAUAUCAUCCCUCGAGAGAAGCAUGAUGUAUUUCUUAGUUUCAGAGGCGAGGACACCCGGAAUACUUUUACCAGCCAUCUUUAUGACGCUUUAUGUCAGAAGAAAAUCCAAACUUACAUAGAUUACAAACUAGAGAGAGGAGAUGAAAUCGCACCUGCCCUUCUCAAAGCAAUCAGCGAAUCGAAGCUCUCGGUUAUCACUUUCUCCGAAGACUAUGCCUCUUCCACAUGGUGUUUGGACGAACUUGUCCACAUACUCCGAUGCAGAGGUGAACAGUUUGUUAUACCCAUCUUCUACGGCGUAGAUCCAUCACAUGUAUGUGAACAAUUGGGGAGUUAUGCAGAUGCAUUUGUUCAACAUGAGGAACGUUUCAAGGACAACCCGGACAAGGUGCGCAGGUGGAGAGAUGCUUUGACAACAGCAGCCAAUAUAUCUGGGUUUGAUUCCCAAACAAUUAGGCCCGAGGCUGAAUUAGUUAAGAGGGUGGUCAAUGACAUUUUGGUGAAAUUGGAUGGCAAAUCGCAAAACGGAGGUGGUUUGGAGCGCUGGGUUGGAAUGGACAAACACAGAAUUAAACUUGUUGAGUUAUUAUGCCUCGACUCACCGGAUGUCCAGAUUGUAGGCAUUUGGGGUAUGGGUGGUAUCGGUAAGACCACCAUUGCUGAUGUUGUAUUUCACCGUCUCUCUUUUGAAUUCGAAGCUUGCUGCUUUAUUAAAGAUGUUAGGGAAAAAGCAUCAGAGACGAAACAUGGACUACCAUAUGAUUUGCGAAAUGAUCUUUUUCGUACUUUACUAAAGGAUGAAAAAAUACGCAUAGACACCCCCUCUAUCGGAUCAAGUUUUAUGAGAGAGAGGCUUGGCCGUACAAAGGCUCUCAUUGUUCUUGAUGAUGUGAGUGAGUUUUCCCAAUUAGAAUUUUUAGCUGGAGGCGAUUUCAAUCUGUUUGGCCCUGGAAGUAGAAUCCUUGUAACAACCAGAAAUAAACGCAUAUUUAAGAAAGGUGUUGAUGAUGAUAAGAUAUAUGAGGUUCAGGAAUUAGACGUUGAUGAAGCUCUUGAGCUCUUUCAUUUGAGAGCUAAUGUCUCUUUCCCAGGUGAUUGCACAACUUUUGCAAAACGGGUGGUAGGUUAUGCUAGGGGCAAUCCAUUGGCUCUUACAGUGUUGGGCUCCGUAUUCUCUCAUUGCAGGCGCAAAGAAGACUGGGAAGAUGAAUUAGAUAAAUUGAAAAAAUUUCCGGACGAGGAUAUCCAAAAAGUAUUGAGAUUCAGUUAUGAUGGAUUACAAAAGCAUGAGAAGGAGAUAUUUCUCGAUAUCGCAUGUUACUAUAAAGGAGAGGAUAUAGAUUAUACAAAAAGAAUGUUAGAUGCCUCUGGUUUCUGUGCGAAUAGAGGAAUAGAACUUCUCAUUGAUAUGUCUCUCGUAUCUGUGAAACAUUCAAGACUAGAGAUGCAUGAUUUGAUACAAGAAAUGGGUCAGACAAUUGUCGUUGAAUCCAAUAAAGAUCUCGGACAACGCAGUAGAUUGUGGAUUGCUAAGGCUAUCAGUUGUGUACUAAAACAUAAGAUGGGAACUCAAGCAAUUGAAUGCAUAAUGAACAUGGAUCCCAUUAGAGAUCUUGACAUAAAUCCUUCAGCUUUCAAAAAGAUGCAUAAUCUAAGAUUACUCAAGUUAAAUCGCGUCAACCUUCCCCAAGGUCUCAAGUGUCUUCCUCAAGCCCUUAGAAUUCUGCACUGGGAUGGAUACCCUUUGAAUUCUCUGCCAUCUAAGUUUUGUCCAGAAAAUCUUGUUGAGCUUCAUAUGGUACGAGGGCGACUUCAGCGACUUUGGGACAAAGGCCUGAAGAUCAAUCUUGGGAGCUUAAAACGCAUCGAUCUUCGUUGGUCCGUGCACCUGGCUGAUGUUUCAGCUCUGAUUGAGAGCCCAAAUCUUGAGAGCAUUGAUCUUAGAGAUUGUAAAAGUUUGGUUCAACUUCCUUCAUCUUUUCAGCAUCUUGCCAAGCUUACUUGUCUCGAUCUGUAUGGCUGCUCCAAUCUCAAAAUUCUCCCAGAGAUGCCAGGCAAUCUGAAUAUUUUAAAGUUGUAUGGUACUGCAAUAGAAGAAUUGCCUUCAUCAAUUUGGUCACUCGAGAAGCUUCAUAAAUUGGAUCUUUGGGAUUGUAAAGAGCUUAAGAAUCUUCCAAGCAGCACUUGCAGGCUGAAUUCGCUCCGAUGUCUUGAACUAUUUGGCUGCCUCUUUCUUGAGUCUUUGCCUGUCGAGCUCCCUUCUGGACUGGAGCGCCUGGACUUGAGAUAUUGCGAGAGUCUUGGGUCUCUGCCUGUCGAGCUCCCUUCUGGGCUGAGGAAGCUGGACUUGGGAAAUUGCAAGAGUCUGGGGUCUUUGCCUGUCGAGCUCCCUUCUGGGCUGAGGAAGCUGGACUUGGGAAAUUGCAAGAGUCUGGGGUCUUUGCCUGUCGAGCUCCCUUCUGGGCUGAGGAAGCUGGACUUGGGAAAUUGCAAGAGUCUGGGGUCUUUGCCUGUCGAGCUCCCUUCUGGGCUGGAGUACCUGGACUUGAGCAAUUGCGAGAGGCUUGGGUCUUGGCCUGUCGAGCUCCCUUCUGGGCUGGAGUACCUGAACUUGAGCAAUUGCGAGAGGCUUGUGUCUUGGCCUGUCGAGCUCCCUUCUGGGCUGAAGCACCUGGACCUGAGCAAUUGGGAGAGUCUUGGGUCUUUGCCUGUCGAGCUCCCUUCUGGACUGGAGCACCUGGACCUGAGCAAUUGCGAGAGUCUUGGGUCUUUGCCUGUCGAGCUCCCUUCUGGGCUGGAGUACCUGGACUUGAGCAAUUGCGAGAGUCUUGGGUCUUUGCCUGUCGAGCUCCCUUCUGGGCUGGAGUACCUGGACUUGAGCAAUUGCGAGAGUCUUGGGUCUUUGCCUGUCGAGCUCCCUUCUGGGCUGAGGAAACUGGACUUGGGAAAUUGCAAGAGUCUUCGGUUUUUACCGAAGCUGCCAUGGCGUUUAAAAGGGUUGGAUGCACAGGGCUGCUCGUCACUAGAGACAGUCUCAAGUUCGAUGAGGACUGCACCCAUACAAGGUGAGGAUGAGGAUGAGGAUGAACUUUUAUUUAUAAAUUGCGUGAACUUGGAUCAGAGUGCACGGAGCAACAUAAUGGCUGAUGCACAGCUUAGAGUUAUGCAAUCUGCAUCACGUUGCCUCAGUGGUGAAUGGAUUAAAAUCGUUUGUCCGGGAAAUGAAAUUCCAAAGUGGAUGAGGUAUCAAAGUGAGGGACGUUCGAUAAAUAUCAAGCUUCCUCCUCAUUCGUUUCGUCAAGGCUUCCUCGGUUACGCUCUAUGCAUUGUGCUUGCAUUCAACAACUAUACGCCGCCACCCGCUACAAGAUUUUCCGACUUCAAUUGUGAAACCCAUCACAAAACUAACAAUGUUCACAAAGAUAGAAAGUACAAUCAAUCGCGAGGAUUGGGUAAAAGCAUCCGAGGCCUCUUUUGA